AUAUAAAAUGUAAUGUCUUUAUACAGAACAGAUAGUGCUAAUGACUAUUUGCAUAUGAAGUAUGCAAAUUAUUGGAAUGAUUCAAGUGAAAUUUGCCAGGUGUUUAAAUUAACAAAUGCAGAUAUCAGAAAUCCCAUGUUUGUUAUAGAAUAUGAAUACAUAUUGAAUGAAUCAACAAAUGAAGACAAAUAUGAAACUUCUGUUAUACCACCUAGAGUAAAUGAAUCUCUGCAUGUAUGCUUAUCUAAUUUUAAUAUUGCACAAUAUAUUAAUAUUAAUGAAAGAGUGCAGUUACAUAAUCUCAGAAAAAUAUGUAUUUGUGGACAGAAGAUAAAUUCAAUUGAUAUGGAUUUGGAUUUACCUAAUUUAAGAGAACUUGAUAUUUCAUUUAAUCAAUUAAUUGAAUUCCCAAAUUCAAGCUUUAUGAAGAACGUGAAAAUAUUAAAUAUUAGUUUCAAUAACAUACAAGUCAUACAUGUUAAAGAAAUUUUACCCACAUUGCAGGAAUUGGAUAUAUCAUGGAAUUGUUUAAUACAUUGCUUUCAAAGCAUUCAAGUUUUUACAGCUCUUAUACCCAACAUAUGUAAAUUGAAUAUAUUUAACAAUCCUUUUAAAGAUAUUAUUGACCCAGAAGUAGCUGAAUAUUUAAUACACAUAUAUUUGCCAAAGUUACAGUUUAUUAAUGAAAUUAAAUGUGAAGAUCUUGAUUUAUCCACAUAUUAUUUCCCAUGUGCAUUUAAUAUGUGUAAGCUGAGCAACAAACGACGUAAUAAAGUAAUGUUUUUAAAACAAGGUAUAAGAGGACAAGUGAAACUAAGAGAAAAGAAAGCUUUUAAUCGAGCCAAAUAUAUUCACAUAUCAAAAGAUUGCUUUACAGUGUACAAUAUUUUACAAAAUGGAGUGAAUGUACAAGAGUUUUGUGCUACAUGUUGUUUAUUAAUAACAUUUCCCGUAGUAAAGCCUUUGAAAAAUUUAAUUAAACUAAAUCUUGGUAGUAAUUUUAUUUCUAUAUUGGAUGUCUUUACUCAACAAAAUUUUCCAACAUUAAAAUACCUGGAUUUAACUAAUAAUUUAAUCACAAGCCUAGAAGCAAUGGGAUCAUUUCACACAUUACAAGAGUUUUAUUGUGGGAAUAAUGAAAUAGAAAGCCUCGUGCAAAUAGAUAAUGUUAAAUCAUGGAAAAUGUUAUAUAUUAUAGAUCUUUGCAACAAUCCAAUAAAUGCAGAUACAUUAUAUAAAAAGUUUAUUAUAUUUCACUUGAGCAAUAUUGAAUAGUAUAUUUCUGGAGAAUCUGUACAAAAUGUAGAUAUCUCUGAAGCAAGAUACAUAUUUGGCAACAAAUUAGAUAAAUAUGUGCUAAAU